AUGUCAUCAAUUAGACGGUGACUUAAUUGUCGGAUAUUCAUUUUUGAUGGUGGAGGGGGUUCAACAGCUAUAGUAAAAGAGUUUUUUUGCUACUCUUUUUUGCUCCAGCUCAACCCCCAACUCUUUUUUAAUUUCUACUUUAACCUGUCUUUUUCGGUCAUGUUGAGAACAGUAACCGCAAAGCGAGCAACCAGCUUAGCUCGACAUGCUAGAAUGAUCCCCAGCGCAGUUUCUGUUGCCCGUACAUUUGCCAGUGAAGCUGCGCCCAACCCUGAUGCCAAUCCUAUCACCGGAAAGACCACUUUUGGUAGCCUUUCUGAUGAAGACCGUAUUUUCACCAAUCUUUACUCUAAGCACGAUUACAGAUUAAAGGGCGCAUUAAAGCGUGGUGACUGGUACAAGACCAAGGAAUUGGUUUUGAAGGGACCUGAAUGGAUUAUUAAUGAAAUGAAGGAAUCCGGUCUUCGUGGACGUGGUGGUGCCGGUUUCCCUACCGGUUUAAAGUGGAGUUUUAUGAACAAGCCUGCAGACGGACGUCCUCGUUAUCUUGUCAUUAAUGCUGAUGAAGGAGAACCAGGCACCUGUAAAGAUCGUGAAAUUCUUCGUGGCGAUCCACACAAAUUGAUCGAAGGUUGUCUUAUUGCUGGUUCUGCCAUGAAAGCCAAUGCUGCAUACAUCUAUAUCCGUGGUGAAUUUUACAAUGAAGCUGCCAACCUCCAAACCGCCAUCAAUGAAGCUUAUGAAGCUGGUUUGAUUGGCAAGAACGCAUGUGGAACUGGAUAUGACUUUGACGUUUACAUUCACCGUGGUGCUGGUGCUUAUAUUUGUGGUGAAGAAACCAGUUUGAUUGAAUCUAUCGAAGGCAAGCAGGGUAAGCCCAGAUUAAAGCCACCAUUCCCUGCUGAUAUUGGUCUCUUUGGCUGCCCCACCACUGUUACCAACGUCGAAACCGUUGCUGUUGCUCCCACUAUUCUCAGAAGGGGUGGAAAGUGGUUUGCUGGUUUCGGCCGUCCUCGUAACUCCGGUACUAAGCUCUUCUGUAUCUCCGGCCACGUAAACAACCCUUGUACUGUUGAAGAAGAGAUGUCUAUUCCUUUGAAAGAACUUAUUGAAAAGCACUGUGGAGGUGUUCGCGGUGGAUGGGAUAACUUGCUCGGUAUUGUUCCUGGUGGUUCCUCCGUGCCUGUUCUCCCCAAGAACAUCUGUGACGACGUUUUAAUGGAUUUUGAUGCUCUUCGUGAUGUCAACUCAGGUCUUGGUACCGCUGUCAUUGUCAUGGACAAGUCCACAGAUAUUGUCAGAGCCAUUUCUAGAUUCUCCAAGUUUUAUCGACAUGAAUCAUGCGGUCAAUGUACACCCUGUCGUGAAGGUACUAGAUGGCUUGAAGCCAUGAUGGACCGUUUCGAAGAUGGACGUGGCCAUAAAGAAGAAAUUGACCAAAUCUGGGAAUUGACCAAGCAAAUCGAAGGACAUACCAUUUGCGCCCUUGGUGAUGCUGCUGCAUGGCCAGUACAAGGUUUGAUUCGUCAUUUCCGUCCUGAACUUGAAGAACGCAUGGCCAAAUUCGACUUAGCAAAUAGAUCAUAAACAAACGUUUCUUUUUUCUUUUCUUUCUUUUGCAGUGUUUAAUAAAAAAUAUUUAAAUAAUUUUGUAUCAAUACAUCCUUGAGCUAAUAUACACGACUUGUUUUCAGUCAGGCACAGCAUUUAGCAAGUGACUAACAUUAAGAUGGGUACACAUAAUGGUAAGAAAGCCUUGGCUCGGGAAAGAAUACGUGGCAUCAUUUGAUCAGGG